AUGGCCACGCGAGAGCAGCCGUCGCAGGGCGUGACGCCGGACGCUGCCGCCACUCAGCCUCGGAGGCCCCGCGUCCUGGUCGCCGCCUCCGGCAGCGUGGCGGCGAUCAAGUUCGAGGUCCUGUGCCGGAGCCUCGCCGAGUGGGCCGACGUCCGGGCGGUGGCGACGGCCUCGUCCCUGCACUUCAUCGACAGGGAGUCGUUCCCGAGCGGCGUCGCCCUCCUCACCGACGCCGACGAGUGGUCCGCCUGGGGGAGGAUCGGCGACGAGGUCCUGCACAUCGAGCUGUGCGAGUGGGCCGACGCCAUGCUCAUCGCGCCACUCUCGGCCAACACCCUGGCCAAGGUAGCUGGCGGGCUGUGCGACAACCUCCUGACGUGCGUGGUGCGCGCGUGGGACUACAGCAAGCCCAUCUACGUCGCGCCAGCCAUGAACACCUUCAUGUGGGACAACCCCUUCACCAGCCGCCAUCUCGACGCCGCCGCCGGCCUCGGCGUCUCCCUCAUCCCUCCGGUGACCAAGCGGCUCGCCUGCGGGGACUACGGCAACGGCGCCAUGGCAGAGCCCGCCGAGAUCUGCAGGACCCUCAGGCUCUUCUUCGGUUCACAAGAACCAUUCUGA